AUGGUCAGUCGUUAUUUUUUGCUUUUCCUAUUCGUAGGCGUGUGCGUAGCAUGGAGUGCAUCUGAUAUUGAGAUAUUCCGAAUCGUUGACUCAUUGAGAACGAUCAUGAAGAAAAAACUUACAUUUUAUGAACUAUUAGAAGUUUCAUCAAAAGCAUCUAUUAAGGAAAUCAAUCGCGCAUAUAAAAAAAAGAGUAUUCUUUACCAUCCUGACAAAAAUCCCAGCACGGGGGAACUCUACACUCUGCUAGGCUUAAUUAUUAAUAUUCUACGAAAUACGGAUACGCGUAAACGCUAUGACCAUUUUUUGAGAAAUGGGUUUCCACGUUGGAAAGGAACCGCUUAUUUGUAUUCUAGGUACCGUCCAGGUCUCGGAGCCGUUCUUAUUUUACUUGCUGUUUUCAUUUCAUUUGCCCACUUAAUGAUGCGCGUAUUAAGUGUGAAACGCCAGAAAAAGAUCAUGCAAGAUCACAUUGAUUUGGCUAAGAAAUACGAACAAUACUCCAACACUGCUAAAGGAACGAAGCGUAUUGUCACGGUGCCUCAAGGAAAAAGAAUUUAUACGGUGGAUUCGUUUACGGGCCAAGUAUGUAUUUUAGACCCUUCAUCAAAUGUUGAGUACUUGGUAUCUCCAAACGCUGUUCCCAAUGUGAAAAUUUCCGAUAUCUUGUUAUAUCGAGUUCCCAAAUUCUUGUUACAAACCCUUGUCUUACGCUGGUUUCCAAUGAAUGACCGUUCUCAAGAAACCAACAUAGACUUAUCCAACGAGGAGGAAGAAAAGUCAGAGCCUAAAGAAAGAGUACCAGAACAGCAGACUAAGCCUGCCGAGAAUACGGCGAAAGCCGGUAAGCGUAGAGUCAAACGUCGUGCUAAUAGAGUUCCUCUUCGUAAAAACGAUCAAAUGACAAAUAAAUAG